AUGGACGCCCAAUCCGACACCCGCCGGCCUUCCGUUACUUUCGCCGACCAGUCUACAACGGACGAUUCGUCUGAGGCGACUCCCAUCGCGAGCUCCCAUUCAAACCCCGCCGCGCCGCACGUCGACGACUCGUCCACAUCUGACGCUCCUGCCGCCUCUGCAGCAUCUUCUGCACCCGUCUCCGCCAAUGCUGCUACCCCCAGUUGCUCUUCGUCAUGGAGCGCCAGCUCUGAUCGCCAGCUUGGUCACGGUGCGAGCCCUGACCCUUCAGAUAGGGUAUUUCCCAUCCGCUCCGUUGUGAGUGUCCAGCGCACCGGUAGAUCAUCAAGCGAACACGACUACUUUCCCCGACUACCCGACCACGGUCAAUAUCCGGCACCCCGGCCUGGUAACCCACGAAUCGAUACCACUGCCCUUGGCGCCGCCUCUCGCCGUGAUUCCGCCUCUGCCACCACCUCCCAUUCUCACCCCUCCACAGUAACUUCGCCGAGCGACCGACAACCUGUCUUGACCCGGAGAAAGAACACUGAUAGCGGGCCGUUGUCAAGCGUCCAGGCCGAUGCCGUGCGCCAUGCGAAUUCGAAGCCCCUCGACCUAUUUCAAGACACCAUCUCGGACGGCGAAGAUGAGUCGGUACCAGGGGAUGAUUCCUCCCAGCGCCCAGCAUCCCUCACCACAAGCCAGCUUAGCGAACCCGGGAAUGAUGGUCUUUUCACGACGCGCUUCAAAUAUGUUAUGACAGACGAAGGUCACCAUGUCAUCACCGGCACCGAUAAUGUUUUGCAACGAUGCGAAGACGAACCUAUCCACACUCCUGGUGCCGUUCAGGGAUUCGGUGCCCUGGUGGCCAUUCGGGAAGAGGCAGACGGGCGCUUUUCUGUUCGUUACGCCAGCGAGAAUACGGAGAGGUUAACGGGCUACUCGCCUCAGCUGCUGUUUCGUCUGAACAGCUUUCUCGAUAUUCUAACCGAAGAGCAGCAGGAUAACCUAUUGGAUCACAUUGACUUCAUUCGUGACGAGGAUGCUGACCCAGCCAUCAACGGACCCGAGGUCUUCAGCCUGUCGAUUCGUCCACCAAGGAGGAAGAGCGCCAAGCUCUGGUGCGCUAUACACAUAAACCCAGCGCAUCCUGACCUGAUAAUCUGCGAGUUUGAGGUAGAUGAUGACCAUCAGUUUCCACUUCGCCCACCAGAAGAGGCUACUCCCAACACACCAGAGGAUACACUCCAGUCCAACCCAACGAUGGAAGAACUGGCCGAAAGCACCGAGAUCUUGAGCAAGCCUUUGAGAGUUUUACGAAGUGCGCGAAAGCGUAGAGGCGACGCCGGGGCCAUGCAAGUAUUCGACAUCAUGUCCCAAGUACAAGAGCAGCUUGCUGCGGCUUCCAAUCUGGAAGGAUUCUUGAAAAUAUUGGUGGGCAUUGUCAAAGAACUCACCGGCUUUCACCGAGUCAUGAUCUACCAAUUCGACUCUUCCUACAACGGAAAGGUCGUCACCGAGUUGGUUGAUACCACGCAUACGAAGGAUUUGUACAAGGGACUCCAUUUCCCGGCCUCCGACAUUCCACGGCAAGCUCGCGACUUGUAUAAGUUGAACAAGGUGAGGCUUUUAUAUGAUCGCGACCUCGAGACCGCAAGGUUGGUCUGCAAAGCCAAGGAGGAUCUCGACCUGCCCCUAGACCUCAGCCACUCGUAUCUGCGAGCCAUGUCUCCUAUUCACCUCAAAUAUCUCGCCAAUAUGGCGGUACGAUCCUCCAUGUCGGUUUCCAUCAAUGCUUUCAACGAGCUGUGGGGCCUCAUUGCGUGUCAUUCUUACGGCCGCAAAGGCAUGCGGGUGUCUUUUCCUAUCCGCAAAAUGUGUCGCCUGGUUGGGGAUACGGCGUCACGGAACAUCGAGAGAUUAUCGUACGCAACCCGACUUCAAGCUCGGAAACUCAUCAAUACUGCGCCUACGGAGAAGAAUCCAUCUGGGUACAUCAUCGCGUCGUCGGACGAUCUCUUGAAGCUUUUUGAUGCAGACUUUGGGAUGCUUUCGAUUAAGGGAGAAACCAAGAUUCUUGGCGAGAUCGAGCAGUCUCAGGAGGCUCUGGCGAUGCUGGAAUACCUGCGCUUACGCCAACUCACGUCUGUGGUUACCUCUCAAGAUAUUCGGGAGGAUUUUCCAGACUUGCGCUAUCCUCUGGGCUUCACCGUCAUCGCAGGCCUCCUCUACGUCCCAUUGAGUGUGGGAGGCAAUGACUUCAUCGUCUUUUUCCGAAAGGGCCAGGUCAAGGAGGUCAAAUGGGCCGGCAAUCCGUACGAAAAGACUUUGCGCGAAGGAACAGCUGCCUACCUGGAGCCCCGCAAAAGCUUCAAAACCUGGCACGAGACGGUGCUUGGUAAGUGUCGAGAGUGGUCAGAAGAACAGGUCGAGACAUCGGCUGUGCUGUGUCUUGUCUAUGGCAAAUUUAUCGAAGUGUGGAGACAGAAAGAAGCUGCGUUGCAGAGCAGCCGUCUUACGCGACUUCUGCUCGCAAAUUCGGCACAUGAAGUACGCACCCCCUUGAACGCCAUCAUCAAUUACCUGGAAAUCGCAUUGGAAGGCUCUCUGGACCAAGAGAUUCGCGACAACCUGGCAAAAUCUCACUCUGCGUCUAAGUCGCUGAUAUACGUCAUUAACGACCUACUCGAUCUCACCCAAACAGAGGAAGGCCAGAACCUAGUCAAGGAUGAAGUGUUUGACUUUGGCAUGUGCAUACGGGAAGCAACAGAGCCAUUUGUCAACGACGCUAAGAGGAAGGGCAUUGAGUACCAAGUCAUCGAACACCCUGGCCUUCCUCGUCACGUGUGUGGUGAUAGCCGACGUCUCAGACAGGCCAUUUCCAACGUCGCAGCCAACGCCGUGCAAAAUACCGCUAAUGGGUAUGUCAAGGUCGAACUAUACGUUAGCGAAGUUCUUGACCGACGUGUACGCAUCGAAAUUCUGGUCGAAGACACGGGCAAAGGAAUGACGGCCAGGCAGUUGGACACUCUCUUCCGAGAUUUGGAACAAGUCAGCGUCGAACUAGAUGAAACGACCUUGCCUUCCAAGGAUGACGAAGCCGGAAAAGAAGAUAGAAUCCUGGGCCUUGGCUUGGCCGUCGUUGCCAGAAUCGUUCGGAAUAUGGAUGGCCAGCUGCGCCUCAAUUGCCUUUCGAUAUCCCGGAUGACGCGCCAGCACCAGUUGAAGGCCUAA